GGUCAGGGAGAAGGCGGGGAGCAAGGGUUCUCUCUUCUCCUCUCCCCUCCUCUCCCCUCCUCCCCUCUCCUCUCCUGUGCAGUCAGCCGCGGUUAAGCAGCUCCAGCGGCAGCAUGACGGUGGGCGCCAGGCUCCGAGGGAAGGUGGAGGGCAGAUACCUUCGCAGGUUCCCGAGGCGGCAGCAAGAGGAGGAGGAGGUCUAUAUCCUGCAGCACCCGCAAUUAGAAGAGGAGGAAGAAGGAGAGGAGACUGAGGGGCAAGAAUUGCCUCUGCAGCGCCCGGGGCCCCAGGGUAAGGCGAGGGAGGAGAAGGCACCCCACUCCAAGAAAGUGCACUUUGCCUUUUUGCCGGCGAGUUACGAGCCCCUGGAGGAGCAGACAGCCGGAGAAAAGCCCAAAAAGAAAUAUCGGAAGAAGCUCAAGAAAUAUGGCAAGAAUGUUGGGAAAGUGAUCACCAAAGGAUGCCGGUACUUUGUCAUUGGUUUGCAAGAACUUGCCACAGCUUACUCAUCACCCUUUACAGCGUCAGCCACCGUCCUUUCCUUGGUUCGCUAAAAGAAGUCAUGGAGGUCGUGUACUAUGAGAGAACGUUGACCCUAGCACCCUGCGAAGAACACAUCAUGGGCUUUGACCCAGAAACUACUUGGGACUAGAGAGAAAAAACACUGACUUUUCUUGUGGAGGGGGAUGAGAGGUGUUAAUGAAUCAGUCUCUUCCCUGCUUUCUGGUGCUUUUCAUCUUUGGAGCGUCCUGCCGUCAAUGGAAUCCUGGUCAAAGGGAAGCACGUCCAAUGAAAUAUAGGACCAAAAGGAUGAGUUGAGGUUUCUCUUAGACAAGAUUCUCAGUUAUAGAAAAAUUGGUUUGCUAAAUCCUGAGUCUCUGGCUCAGUAGCCUGAAGGAGAGCCACAAGAAAGGCAGAAUCCAAGAGGCUGAAUUUAAUAGGAAGGAGACUCUCAGUGAAUUAAGAUGGGGAGAAAUUUUGACAGAGAAUUGGAUGCUUGGUGAUCCUGAGUGAAUCUCGAGUUGAUAAACAACUUUUACCCAAUACCUAGAAUCCUGUUGUCGAAGAAAUUCCUGGGCAAUGCAAUGCAAAUGACCUCAUUUUGAGGACAGACUUCUGCUGGUUUUUUUCUGUUGCCGAAAGCUUAGUUACCAUUGUGAAAAAGAGUAGAAGGGGCCAAUGAAUUUUGAAGAAUGAGAUAUCUUGAAAGCAGCAUUCUUGAAUUUGAUAUCAUUCAAAUUUAAGAAUUGCCUAUGAUCAACUAAGUAUCUCUUUGGCUUGGAAGGGCUAGUGGCAUUGAAUAAAUGUAUAAAGGUGAGAUCAGUACAAAGCCUGGAGGUUUCAGGAAGGUCACUCGUUGUUUGACAGGCUCCUGGUUUAAUCUGAAGGUCUGCCGGGGGUGUUUUGCCAGUCUAACCCAGCCAGUUUAAGGGUUGCCAUACCUCUACUGGAACAGCUCCAUUUGUUAUCUGAUUAGUGCAGAUGAAAUGCCCUACUGGGGAUGCUAAAUCUCCCUUUUACUAUUCUUCCAUCAUUUCUACUGAGAGUCUCUUUGUUUUUACUCUCUAUUGAAGAUAGGAGAGUACACAUGAAAGACUGAGCUAGUUUGGAUUGGGAACAAGUUGGGGCUGGGUCAGGGCAGGACAGUUAAAACAUGGGGAUUCUGGCUUUCCAUUAUGGAAAUGGUCCGAGUUGUAGAAAGUAACCAGGAAGUAGAGGAGAGACAGAGAUAGAGAACGAAUAGAAGAAGAGGGCAAAAGAGAGAAGAAAAAUGAGAGAUAAUAGAGAAGUAAAAGAAAGUAAUGAGAUUGAUGGGAAAAGGGAAGUUAGAAGUGAAGAGUUUGGCUUUAUUAUUAGUAACCAGAAUUUAGAAUCUUUGAAGUAAGGUAGCAGAAAAGUGAUAUUUCCAGAUGGUUCUUAAAAAACAAAAUCCAAAUCCCCAAACCUGAAUUGUGUAUACACACAAACACUCAAAAGUUAGUACUUUAAAAAGCUGUGACUUUAUUUUAGCUUGAUUUUAUCUAUGUAAUUGUUUUGGUAUGGGAACACUAUCUGAUGGGCCUCACCCCUACCCAAGAAUAGCCUAUUGGCAUCAAUGGAACUAAAAAUACACGAAUGUUGCAAACUUUUUAAAAAAAUGUCACCUAUACCCAGGUGGGCCUCAUGAACACCAGAUGGAGGUCUCAACUUUCAGGUUUUUCUGAUUAAUUCUAGCUUAAUGGCAACCUUAAUGAGAGGAAGAAGUAGGUGAAAAAGAGGACAAUGAGAAAGGAAAAGUUAGAAGGGGAGCUUGAUUGCAUUGUAGCCAGAUUUUUCAAAUUCUGAAGCAUCGAUAUUAAUAUAUUCAUGUUUAAGACAAGCUGGGCCUGAAUAUCUAUGGGCAACAUGAAACCAACAUUGAAGAUGUUGCUAAAUGAUCAAGUUGUAGCCAAAAUGAUGAAAGGAAACCAGUGCAGGUUAUUAUUUUUCAUACCAAUAAGAUAAUUAUAGAAUUGCUAUCAGUCUUGCUUCUUUCCAAGCUUAUCUCUUUUCCUUUUUUUUUGUCUGUCAAUGAAACUAGGUUUAGAGAUAUAGGUCAAUCAAUAACUUUUGAGCGUUUGGGAACAGAGAGCAAGAUUAUGUGUGGUGUCAUUCACUGGUAAUGACAUUUUGUUGACAACUGCCAUCUUCAAGCUGACAGAGGCUUCUGAUAGGAGAGGACCCCAGACCCAAGUAGAAUGGUUUAUUUCUUGGGGGCACAAGGAUGCCUUUUCCCUUUCCCUGAUGUUUUUUGGGUGAAACUGUUUCUAAGAGAAGAAAUGAAUGAAGAAAGGUCAGGCAUGAUCUGACCCUGACAACUGUGAAGCCUGGUUAAGAAUUAACUCAAAUUGUGAAAGUCAAACUAACCCAGUUUUGUGCUCACAUCGAGUUUCAUUUGGAAAGAUGAAUUCCUGCAAGCUGUUGCUCUUCAUUAACCACAAUGAUUUUUUUUUUGAGGCCAAAGCACUGAUAUUUUUUCCGUUCUUUGUUUCAUUGGGAUUAGCAAAUUGAGUUAUUGAUGUCAGCAUGCUCUUAGGUAAUCCACUUUUCUAUUUUUCUCCAACCACUGCUGAUAAAACUUCUGGAAGUUUUUCCCUAGCUUUGUUCAUGAAAGACACAAGGAAAUUUGUUUCUUUUCUAAUCCUACAAUGUAAAUAAAAGUUUGAAUUUGUUUAAUGAA